AUUUUCAAUCACACAAAUCAUCGUACAAACCAUCAGAUGAACUAUCACACAAGCUAUUAUAUGAACAAGUACAAUUGCAUAAACAAUCACAUGGACAAGUACAAUUGCAUAAACAAUCUCAUAAACAAGUACAAUUGCAUAAACAAUUGCAUGAACAAUUAUAUAAAAAAUUGCAUAAACAAUUGCUUAGAGAAUCACAUAAAAAGUUAUAUUAUACAAAAACCCACAAUUCAAGGUUAUCAUACAAAUCAAAGUUAUUUGAACCAUUUGAGCCACCAAUACGCAUAUUGACUCUAUUAAGCAAACUAUCAAAUGUUCUUAAACUUUCUAAUAUCUCCAAUAUUCAGCAACUAUUACGUAUUCCUCAGCCUUCAUAUUCAAGAUCUUUCAAGCCUUUAAAUGAUUUAUCUAAUCA